CUGCGGAGUGAGCUGGUGUUUGGGAUGGAAUGCUGCUUGGAGUCCCCGGGGCUGGAUGGUGCCCUCCAUCCCUCCAUCCAUCCCUCCGCAGGAUGCUCCAUAUUCCUGUUUUUGAACUCACAUCUCCAUAGGAGGCUGAGCAGACCCCACAAACCGCCUGGAAGCGGGAUGGAGCUACGGUUUCACUGCAGAGCUUCUAUUGUCCGGGCUCCCCACAUGAGAGGGACUUUCCUGUUUCCAUUGUUCCGGACACUGGGAUCUAUUCUUGCUCUAUUUUUCCUUCCUGCCUGUGCACACUGGGAGGAGUGGGAUGUUGCCCCAGAUGUUUCCUGGGGCUUCUCUGCUUGCCUUAUGAAGAGAUCAAGACUGGUCCUGGAGCUGGUGGAGGCUGGGCUGAGCACUAACCUGGUGCAGAACUCGCUCAAGCUUCCACAGCUGAUGAAACUCGGAAAAGUGCAGCUCUGGCCGAGUGUGAGCAGUCUGGCCUUCUGGCAGUGGUGGAAGCAUGGAGAAGGAGAAACCCAAACUUCUCCAAUCGGCUCUGGGUCUCAUCGGGAGCUGUUGUCACGGAAACAGAGAUCUGCAGAGCCCCGUGCGCUCGGCGUUAACCGCCUCGGUGCCGUGCUGAUGGCCAGGGCAGGAUGUGCUUCAGGGCUGGUGGUGAUUUGGAUCUGGAGCUCGCAGCCUCUUCCUGGCUUUGCAGAGAACAACUGAGACCAGCAAAGCCAUUGAGGUGACAGGAGAUAGUGGCAUCCUGGAGGACACAGUGGAGACCAUCAGCUGCUUGUGCUACACGGCACUGGGCAAAGGCAGAAAACUGGACCAUCAAAAGCUUUCAGUAAGUAAAAUUCACUUUCACAGUGCAUGGCUGUGAAGGGUGAUGCAUUUUCUUUCUUGCUUUUGGAGCUGCCUGACGCAGUUUUUGUGUCAUUGUAGCUCUCCUGUCCAAUCUUUGGUCUGCCCCUAUAGACAAGUGAAGGGUCGAAGGCUUCAAGCCAAGGGGAGGAGCCUCACCUGUAGUUCCCAUGCUGGAGCAGACUGAGCAGAAAGGCAGAGACAGAGGGGCAAGCCACAGCCCUCCGUACACACAGCUUGGUGCUGGGGUGCCAGAGCAGGGACCCCAGUUCUUGUCUUGCAGGGUGGUGGCUGUUGGUGCAGUAGUUUACAGUGGGAACAGCUCUGCUCCAGCUUGCAGCUUCCAGGCAUUUUUUUCUGUCCUAACGUAUUUGUAACACUGAAGUAAUGGAAAGAUCCAUAACAGCCCAGCAUCACCUGGAACCAGUACACAGCUUGGCUGCUGUCACAUCCCUGUGGGAGGAGGCAGGCUGAUCCCAGCCCAGGGAGCUGGGGUACCAGGAGGGUGGAGAAGGAAAUAGGGUGGCUGGGAAUGCUCUCAGGGAGAAGGGAGAAUGGUCACAUAUGGAGGGGUGAGCCAGCACAAGCAGUGCAGCCGGAU